AGCUCGAGUCUUAUUGGAUAAACGUAACAUGUGCUAGUGUUUGAUCACUCGAAAUCGUUGAUCGAGGAUUUGUAUGCAUACUGUGAUCGGGUUGGUCGGGUUUCCUGAACGUAUAUACGCGCGUAUACCUCUGCAGUAUGCGUAUAAUUCUUAUUUUCCUAUAAUAAUUUCUAAGCGUACGUAUGCAGCAGUUAACGCACAAAUAGAUAUAUGUAUGUAAAGUGCGUACAAGUAUGUAUUAAAUACUUUUAAUUAAUGUCGAAGUAAUGGAGGAAAGAUGGAAGCCUUGACGUUUGGCUCGCACAGGCUAGUUCACUUAGAUCUCAAGGGUGCUCCUCCACGAGUCUGCUAUUUCGAGAAGUUAUUUCCGCUUUUGAGAACAUGGGGUGCCACCGGGUUACUUCUGGAAUGGGAAGAUUCAUUUCCAUACAACCGAGAACUUUCUCAAAUAGGGAGCAAUGGACUGAGCACUUUAACCAGCGGAUACACAGUCCAGGAGGCUAGGCACAUCUUACAAAUCGCAGGAGACUGUGGCCUGGCAGUCAUUCCAUUAGUACAAACGUUUGGCCAUUUGGAGUUUGUAUUGAAACAUGACGAAUGGAGAUCUUUGAGAGAAGUGGAGCAUUUUCCAAGUUCGAUUUGUCCGUCGAAUCAGAGGACCUUGCCUUUGGUGAAGUCCCUGAUCGGGCAAAUAGUCAGUUUUCAUCCAGAUAUCCAGUACCUGCACAUAGGCGCGGAUGAAGUUUGGCAUUUAGGCCUUUGCACGGCCUGCAUGAAACGUGCAGCCUCUAGCAAAUACGGGAAAUCAACGCUGUACCUGGAACACGUUUUGGCUAUCGCGCAACACAUACAAGAAACAUAUCCCUAUUUAAAAAUUAUCAUAUGGGACGACAUGUUGAGAUCGAUGGACCUGCGCACUUUGAAUGAUCAUUACAUCGGGAAGUACGUGGAACCUAUGAUCUGGCACUACAGCCCCAGAGAUAACUUUGAUCUACCUCAUGGACUCUGGGACAAGUACACCGCAGUAUUCCCACAUAUUUGGGCUGCUACCGCGUUCAAAGGAGCCACCGGAUCGUCUCAGCACGUUCCGAUUGUCAGGCAUCAUGUGAGCAAUCAUGAGAAAUGGCUAGAAGAAUUAAGCAUGCACGUGAACAAAGUUCACGAGUUUCGGGGAACAGCCUUCACUGGAUGGUCAAGAUACGAUCAUUUUGCAACCAUGUGCGAACUGUUGCCUACAGCGAUACCGUCUUUGGCACUGUGUCUGAAAGUAUGGCUGCACGGUUAUUCCGAACAGAUUCACAAUCAGGUGGCUAAAAGUUUAGGGUACAGAGAUCAUCCUCUUCAUUUAACGCCGCAACCCAGACCCGCGCCGAUACCGAGCAAUCUACUCUUUCCCGGUUGGCAGGUCGCAGUGGGCGUAGAAUGGUUCUUAAAUUUCCGAGCUAAAUUUCAUGACAUCGUCACCAGCGAACAAAUAUCUACGUGGAUGAAUCCAUGGCAGGUGGCGAACAAUUACACGAACCCUAUGCAAUUAGAGAACUUAGUACCUGCUUUUACUGAAUUACUAUUAGAAUUGUCUUCUCUAGAAGGAUAUUUAAGAUUCCAAAUGGAAAGUAUUUUUUUCCCGUCGAUGAUCGACGAAUGGAUAGGUACAAAUAUUCAGCCGAUGAAAGGGAAGCUCGUGGAGUUAAAGCAGACGACCGAGAAUCAAAUCAAGCUGAAUAGUCGAAUCUAGCGUUUUAAUUGAACUAUUUAUUUUACGCAGAAUUUCUGCUUUAGAUCUCAAUGACCAACUCGGAUACAGUGCGAAACGUAUAGGCUGAUGAACAAAGUACGAAGAUAUUUAGUAAAUCUGUACAAUUUUAUCUUAUAUAAUUAGGUGUAGAGAGAUAGAUUUUAAUGCGAAAAAGAGGUGAUACGUACCACACGCGCAAACCGCGCGAAAAAUAUAGUUUUAUAAGAGAAGGAACGAUUGUCUUACUAUACUUGGCUUAGGGACGAACAGAAACUUGUGACAAUUUACUUUGUCACCGAGCUUUGCCAUUUCGCGAGUUGUUCUGUGAUAUGUACUUGGCUAUGAGAGGAUUAUUGUAACCGAGCUCAAUAACCACAUUUUUUGGAUAUUGUGCUUUACGAUAUAUGUAUGUAUGCUUCUAACUAUCUGCGUUUCUUAUACUACUCUUGACGAAAGGUUUCCGAUCACGUACACUAAUUAGAUUGCGGAUCUUUAUGCAAAUUCUUAUUUAUAGAAGUAAGAUCGAAAACACACAUUUGUUUUAUUUGAUUUACAGUUUACUUCGGAUAUUUUGUAUUUCUUUACAGAUGACUACACACUGUACUCUAAAUUUCCAUAAAUGCAUAAACAUCCGCAAUCUAACAAUAAUAUUACUCCCGAUCAAUUAAUGAAACAUUUCAUCAAAAAUCUAGGGAUGUCUCAUAUACUUUAGUGUUCUUAACAAAAAUCAAUUAAUGAACUUGUUCGAGUACAAAAUGCAUUGAAUGCUAAUUACUUUAUACAGUGACUCCUAUUAAUAUUCAUACCCAUUUCAAAACUGAAUAAUUUUUGUAAUAAUGAUCACAAACAACUUGGCUAUGAAAAGAAUAUCUGUUACUUUUUUAUUCAAGAUUUCGAUGUAAUUCUUUUAAAUUUUAUGGGACAUAUAAUAAACUAAGUCUUUUAACAUCCCAAAGAAUAAUAAGUUGUUUGGACCAAUAUUAAAAAAGUAUUCAGCUUUGAAAUGGGUACGAAUAUUAAUAGUAGUGACUGUAUGUUACGUAUUACUUUUACUCGAGCAUCAACAAUUCUCGCAUUUGACGUCUGAAUUAUGUAAAUACUGACGUAAGAUAUGUAUCAUAGUCAAUUAAGAUUAGACCUGUGCUUCACCUUCUUUAAAAUAUAAUUGAUCUAGUGGUAUGCAGAUGAUCGAAAACGUUUCAGUCACGGAUAGUAUCAAUAAUACGUUCAAAUAUUUUUUGUACUCCCUUUUAGAAUCGUCGCGUCGACGAAUUUUCGAUUAACUAUUUACCAGCUGUGAAAGAAUUUUACGCAAUAUCUAGAAUGUAUAAUAUAUAUAUAUAUAUAUUUAAAUAUAUUUCACGGCGUCUCUAUUUUAUCAUUAAUGUUCUGAAACUAGACUAAAUGUAGUCGUUUUCGAAGCAUGUUCAUCGGUGUAACUUAUUAUUAUUAGACUGCGGAUUUUAUCCAUUCACAAAAAAUUAAGUAUGUAAAAAAACGUAAGAAAUACAUAUAAUGGGCAAGUGCAUAAAGUAUCGACAGUAAAAACUAUAGCAUGAUAUUUAAAGGAUUCGAAAGGACGUUCUUAAUUAUCAUUUCUGUCAUAUACUCAACAACUUUUAUUUUAAAAAUUCGCAGUCUAAUUAUUAUGUAUGAGGCAUAGCUGACAGAUAGAAUAACUGUAGGCAAAAAGGCAUAAGUAAUUAAUACCACACAAACUCGAAUAACGAUUCCUCUGUAUGUAAUAACUCCGCAAACUUAAGAUUUUGUUUUGUACGACUCGAGUUAUCUUUUAAUAUAAUCUCUGUUAUGAAGCAGAAAAA